UUCAAGAUGUCUGCGCCCAUGUUUUAGAAAGCGUAAACAAACAAAAUUUAACGAUGACAUCGUCAAUGAUGAAACAAGCUUUGAUAGUACCAAAUACUCUAUGUCAGCCAAUAAGAAAAAUCCUAGAAGACAGUAAACUAACAGAUAUAUCAUGUAACCUGAAAGAUUUUGGGGAUGGUAAAAUAGCUAUACCACUGGACAAAGGAACAUUUGAUAAAGUUGAUAGUUUAUUAGUGAAAAGCAGUAUGAUUUGUUACUGUAAUACUGACUUUAUUAACUUUGAUACACUUAAGACUUUACCAAAGUCUGGUUAUCAGAUAGCUCAGGUGAUGUUUAAAGCUAAAAAACCAAAACCAAAAACACCAUAUGAAGAACUUGUGUUGAGUAUGACUCAUCUGGCUCAUAAAUUUGAUAUAUGUAUUACUGAAGAGUUACAGAGAGAUAUUCCACACCACUGGGAAAAACAUGGAGAUCUUGUUCUACUGCCACCAAACUGCUUCUGUAAUGAUAAUUGGACAAAAGCAGGUGAAGAGUUGUGGUCAGUAGUCUGUAAAUGUUUACAUUGUUCAAGAGUGGCCAGAAAGGAUGUGAUCUCAGCAGAUGGUUUCAGAACACCACAGGUCAGACUAUUGUAUGGAAAUACAGGAUGGGUGGAACAUAAAGAUAACAGAAUACGGUACACAUAUGACAUUACAAAGUGUAUGUUCAGUGCUGGGAAUGUUACGGAGAAACUAAGAAUAGCAAAGUUUGAUUGUUCCAACGAAACUGUUGUUGAUUUAUAUGCAGGUAUUGGAUAUUUCACUCUCCCGUACUUAGUUCAUUCAAGGGCUAGACAUCUUCAUGCUUGUGAAUGGAACCCUGAUGCAGUGGAAGCUUUAAAGAAAAACUUACAUUUGAAUGGAGUUGAAGAUAGAUGUACUGUGCACCAUGGAGACAACAGAAAGAUUUGUCCAAAACAUGUUGCUGAUAGAGUAAAUCUAGGUCUUAUACCAAGUUCAGAAGAUGGAUGGCCUGUGGCAUGUGCUGCUCUGAAGCCAACUGGUGGCAUUCUCCAUGUACAUUACAAUGUAGAAUCAAAGAUCAAGCAGACUGAAGACAUACAUAAUUCCAUUAAAGGAAGCGGACCUAGAUGUGAAAAUGUAAAAGAUAUAAAAAUAAAUGUCCUGGUGGACAGUGUAUCAAAACAUAUAGACAGGAAGAAAGUUUGGACAGAGUGGGCUGAACAUACUUGUGAAACAUUACAUAAACUUAUGUGUAUAGCACAUUCUGAUAGAAAGUGGACUAUAUCAGUUUUGCAUAUAGAACAUGUCAAAUCUUAUGCACCACAUGUUGAUCAUGUGGUUGUUGACUUUAAAUGUUGUCCAAUAUAAAUAACAAUAUUAAUUAAAGAUAAUAAAAUAAU